AUGGCCGCAGCGCCGCGUCUUCUUGCCGCCUGCAGCUGCGCCGGCGCCGGUAGUCGCAUCCUGCUCGCUGUCUUCCUCCUGGCGGCCUCCCUGUUGGCCUCGGCGGCCAAUGCGGCCGUCUCGUACGACCACCGCUCCCUCGUCAUCAACGGCCGCCGCCGCAUCCUCAUCUCCGGCUCUAUCCACUACCCGAGAAGUACCCCCGAGAUGUGGCCCGGGCUGAUCCAGAAGGCCAAGGACGGCGGCCUGGACGUCAUCCAGACCUACGUCUUCUGGAACGGCCACGAGCCGGUGCAGGGGCAGUACCACUUCGCCGACCGCUACGACCUCGUCCGCUUCGUCAAGCUCGUCAGGCAGGCCGGCCUCUACGUCCACCUCCGCAUCGGCCCCUACGUCUGCGCCGAGUGGAACUUUGGUGGCUUUCCUGUUUGGCUCAAGUAUGUGCCGGGCAUCAGGUUCAGGACAGACAAUGGCCCCUUCAAGGCGGCAAUGCAGAAGUUUGUGGAGAAGAUAGUGUCCAUGAUGAAGUCGGAGGGGCUAUUCGAGUGGCAGGGAGGCCCAAUCAUCAUGGCUCAGGUGGAGAACGAGUUCGGGCCAAUGGAGUCCGUCGUGGGCAGUGGCGCCAAGCCGUAUGCUCACUGGGCGGCACAGAUGGCUGUUGGGACCAACACCGGCGUGCCGUGGGUGAUGUGCAAGCAGGAUGAUGCCCCGGACCCUGUGAUCAACACUUGCAACGGCUUCUAUUGCGACUACUUCACACCGAACAAGAAGUACAAGCCGACCAUGUGGACCGAAGCCUGGACUGGAUGGUUUACCAAGUUUGGUGGCGCGGUGCCUCACCGGCCUGUGGAGGACCUGGCCUUCGCCGUGGUGAGGUUCAUUCAGAAAGGAGGCUCCUUCGUGAACUACUACAUGUACCAUGGAGGGACAAACUUUGGGCGCACGGCCGGUGGCCCCUUCAUCGCAACCAGCUAUGACUAUGAUGCCCCCAUCGAUGAAUUUGGUCUGCUUAGGCAACCAAAAUGGGGUCACCUGAGGGACCUGCACAGGGCUAUCAAGCAGGCUGAGCCCGCGUUGAUUUCUGGUGAUCCAACAAUACAAUCAAUUGGAAACUACGAGAAGGCAUAUGUCUUCAAGUCGAAGAAUGGAGCCUGUGCCGCAUUCCUGUCGAACUACCACAUGAAGACUGCUGUGAAAAUCAGGUUUGAUGGGCGUCAUUAUGACCUCCCUGCUUGGUCCAUCAGCAUUCUGCCUGACUGCAAAACCGCGGUCUUCAACACUGCAACGGUGAAGGAGCCAACUCUGCUGCCGAAGAUGAACCCGGUGUUACACUUCGCUUGGCAGUCCUACAGCGAAGACACAAACUCGCUGGAUGACAGUGCGUUUACAAGGGAUGGCCUGGUCGAGCAACUCAGCUUGACAUGGGACAAAUCAGACUAUCUGUGGUACACCACCCAUGUCAACAUUGGUGCCAAUGAACAAUUCCUGAAGUCUGGCCAGUGGCCUCAGCUCACUGUGUAUUCCGCUGGACACUCGAUGCAGGUGUUCGUCAAUGGGAGAUCAUAUGGAUCUGUUUAUGGCGGCUAUGACAACCCGAAACUUAGGUUCAAUGGACAUGUGAAGAUGUGGCAGGGCAGCAACAAGAUCUCCAUCCUAAGCUCAGCAGUGGGCCUUCCUAACAAUGGCAACCAUUUUGAGUUGUGGAACGUCGGCGUCCUCGGGCCAGUGACCCUCUCCGGCCUGAAUGAGGGGAAGAGGGACCUCAGCCAUCAGAAAUGGACAUAUCAGGUCGGCCUGAAAGGCGAGUCGCUCGGCCUCCACACCGUGACUGGAAGCUCCGCCGUGGAAUGGGCCGGCCCCGGUGGCAAACAGCCACUGACUUGGCACAAGCUGGCCUUGUUCAACGCGCCGGCAGGGAACGAUCCGGUGGCUCUGGACAUGGGCAGCAUGGGCAAGGGCCAGAUGUGGGUGAACGGGCACCACGCCGGGAGGUACUGGUCGUACAGGGCCUACUCCGGCAGCUGCCGGCGGUGCAGCUACGCCGGGACGUACCGCGAGGACCAGUGCAUGUCAAACUGCGGCGACCUCUCCCAGAGAUGGUACCACGUGCCGCGGUCGUGGCUGAAGCCAAGCGGGAACCUGCUGGUGGUGCUGGAGGAGUACGGCGGCGGCGACCUCGCCGGCGUCGCCCUCGCGACACGGACCACAUGA